GUAGGGGGGCUGUUUCACUCAGAGGCAAACAUAGUACAUUAGAACAACGAAAUUAGCUUAAUUGAAGUAUUGCAGUGAACUUGUGGUAACUUCUUGUCAGUCUACUGGAGGCUCAGACGGUUGACGCUACCUGUCGAAGCUAACGUUAUAACGUCAUUUCCCUUCAUCCUAUGUUAACCACGGUUAAACUUGAGUGGUGUAGCUUAGCUAAGUGUUGAACCCCAGCUCGCACAGCCGUGGACUGGUAUUAUAUAUGUUCAUAUAGUGGGCAUUUAUUGAUUCUCCGUCUGAGCAGCAGUGAUCAGGGUUAAUUUACGGAGGUGGUGGACGUGACGCUAAAUUUAAAGAAACAGACAGCCGGAGGGGGUUGCCCUGAGUACAGCUCUAAGCUAGCAGGCUAACACGCGCCCAAGGAAAGCUUUGCAAAUUUGUUCAUUCAGUCUUCGUCUGACCGCAAAAUCCCGUGAGACUGAGCCCUCCAUCGGUGUAAGAGAGCUCUGUCCACCGUCCCAUGCUCUCUGCGUGGAUGGGAUAUAGUUAGCCGGUGGAGCGAAGAGGCAGCCAGCCAGCAGUCCUGUUCAACAUGGAGGAUGAAGAGGUUGCAGAGAGCUGGGAGGAGGCAGCGGACAGCGGGGAAAUCGAGAGAAGACUUGAAGCGAAGCUUAAAAUAAAUCAGGAAGCAAAGAAAGCCAGUUUGAAAUCUGGUGGUUCACCUGUGCGAACAGCCAUUGUAAUCCAGGAUGACUCGCUGCCUGCAGCGCCCCCACCACAAAUUCGAAUUUUAAAGCGUCCUACCAAUAACGGUACCACAGGAAACCCUGCAUCCUCGUCUCGUCCCUCUCAGCAGAUGAAGUCUUUGGCCCAGCGUGAGGCAGAGUAUGCAGAAGCAAGACGAAGGAUCUUGGGUAGUGCUUCUUCAGAAGAAACGCCUCAGGACAACCCAUCCCAGGACAGGACAGUUCGUACGAGUACGCAGCAACCAUUAGAACCAGUUCGUCCAAACAAUCACGUGAUCCGCCAGCCCACUGGCCCAGACGGCACCUCAGGCUUCCGACUCUGCAGAUAAACAGGAGCUGCAAGGAAAUGGCUGCCUCGCUGAGGAGGCGUGAAAGGUGGCAGUAAAAGGGGUUGUUUGUAGUAUGAAGAGCAGAGUGGUGGGAUGACAGACUUUAGAAAAUUUGACAGACAUUAGAAAUAUGAAGCUGUAGCAUGGAUUUAGAUGAACUCCUCCACCCUCUCUCUACUCUGCUUACUGGUGUGGUCUUUGCCUCUUGCCUUGUCUUUUCCCUCAGUGGAACCUUGCAAGGGGCUGGCAGAGAUCAUCCAAAGAUCUGAAACCCCUUCUGUUCCACACCGUGAACAGGCGUUUGCCUCACAUCCCUACACACUGUGAUACUCUGAUGUACCAUGAGGUGCCCUAUGAUUUUCAGUCUGAUUGGCCAGCCGAGUGCCAGGGCAUCAGGUGUCUGUCUCCUCAGGGAGAAAAAGAAGAGCUUGUGAAUCUGUGAGAAUUCCCCAGAGACAUGCAAGCAAACGAGCUGGCCUUUCCACCGAUGGAGAGUGGAUCUUGGCUAGGUGUCCACCGGGAGGCUGGCCUUUGUUUGUUGUGUUCAGUGGAAAUACAGUGCUGGGAGUUUAUUGUGUGUACAACAGAUUUAUGGGAGGUGAUAAAAGUUGUACUGAUUGAGCCUUCUGAGUUAAAGUGCACUGUGCCCAAUAAUGUGUUUCAAUACUGUAGUAGACAGUGGUGGCAGUGGCCCAGACCAGAACUCUCUACAGUCCACAGGCCUCUGUUUGGCUCUGGUGGCUGCAAGAGAAAUGCCCGGUGGGCACACAGCCUGUGGCCAAAGAUGACAUGGUAGAUGCAAAGGACGUUGUCACUAAAUCUAAGCUUUUUCGAGCAAUAAUAAAGAAAUGACUCCCUGGAUUUUUUUUAGACAUAUUGCUGUGUUUUGUUUUACAAAUUUUUACAUUGUUUCUUUUUCUCAAACAUAGUAUGUUUAAGUCAGGAGAUCAGUAGUGUGUAAGAGACUAGAUUCUAUAGUCUGCAUCGGAAAUUUUAUUGGUAGUGUCAUAUAGAAUUUUAUUGAAUUUGCAAACAUCAAGAAUUGAAAGCCUAAAGUUAUUGUGCAUAAAUUUCCCUGUGUGUGUUGCCUUGCUGUUUCUAAUCAGAAUACCUACGUUGGAACUUCUCUUACAGCCAGCUGCACUGCAUCUGUUUGGAAAAGCUAAUUUUGGUGUGUUUUUGCACCAGCUGCAGUAUGUUGACCAAUAGCGUGCUAUUAAAAUGAUGGUUUGUAAGUUAGUUAGAAGUAACUGUUUCAUGUCCAGCGCGGUGGAGGAUAUAAUCUGUUGUUUCAUGUUGGCAAAUAUUCUGCCAGGGUCAGGGAAAUUUGUGAUGAAAAUUAUAUAAAAUAAUACUGGAAAAGCUUUUAAUCGAUGGCCUCUAGAACGAAGCCACUCUCCACUGCCUGGUUUUGAUGAAUGUCUUGUGCAUUUUUUUCAGUAUUGUCUCUUUGUCUGCCACCAAUUGAAAACAGGAGUUUGCAAACCAUAAAAUCAGUAAUAUAAUCAAG